UCUUCAACGUCAUCGAUGCGCAGCAGUUACGCAUAUGCGCCGUCAAAACAGAAAGUAGCCUGAAUACUAUGCUCUUUUCCGUGUGCCGUUCAUUUAUUGAUAUGUCGCAUCUAUUCUAAGCAAAAAGGAACAUUGAAUCAUUACGGGCUGGACAUUAUGGCACUGCGGGCAUGUGGAUUUGUUAUUUUUCGCCGUUUGGUCCAGAAGCCUCCCCCUGAUAAUAUAGAGUUCCUGCUGCUGCAGACAUCCUAUGGGGAAAACCACUGGACACCACCCAAAGGUCACGUUGACCCUGGAGAGGACGACUUCACCACUGCCUUGAGAGAGACACAGGAGGAAGCGGGUUUAGGUAAAGAUCACCUGCAUAUGGUCGAUGGCUUCCUGCAGAGGUUACACUAUCAGGUCCGAGGAAAGGACAAAGAGGUCCUCUAUUGGUUGGCUGAGCUGCGUGACCCAAACACACAGGUCGUUCUCUCAGAUGAACACCAGGAUUACCGCUGGGCCAAACUAGAGGACGCCUGCAAGCUGGCGAAAUACCAGGACUUACAGGACACACUUACAGCGGCGCAGCGCUAUCUAGAAACACAGGGCAAACAGUAACAUUCACACUUGGUUUUGACAUUUAGACAACGACAGAGGUGAAUGCUUGCUCUCAUCUUUCUAAAAUUGUUUUAGGCUGUCGAAUUAAUGAUGGUUUAAAAGGAGGACCCGAUGUGCUGUAUGAAAUUUGACGUAGACAUUGACUUCUGUACUUUUGCGUCUCUAAUUGUUAAGCUGAAUUUAAUUUGAAUUCUUAAUAGGUCGCUUCCAAGUAGUUAAAAAUGUUAAGACAAACGCACAACCUCAAAAUCGCCACCAACAAAGCGAAACAAAGCUGCCAUUCAUCACAAAGAAUUUUCCGGGUUCAUUACGAGGUAAGCUGUAAUGACGCCAUCUGUGGCAUACUGUUAAUGACCACAGAAAAUCAUUUUGAAAAGUCUUACAAAUAGACAGACAUAAAAACCGAGACUACAGGGCUUGUAGGUGGAUUAUGACACCAUUGACAUAUACAAACUAAUUUUUUUUCUAUGCACACACGUUAUCCAAUCUCAUUGUCACUUUUUCUUUCACAUACUGUAAAGUUCUUUCUGUAAAGUUCAUUGUAUGCAAGUUUGCAUGCUGUACCAUUCAGAUUGUCCUAAAUUAUUAACUAUGAUAAAACCAGUAAAUGAAAAAGUUUAAGAAUGAAUGAUUGUUUUAGUAUUAUUUAUAUUGCAUUAGUUUUUAUUAAUAUUUACAAGCUUUUAUUUUUUUCAUUAAUUUAAUCCAUUUUAAUUAAUUUUAUCCAUUUUAAUCAAUUAACUUCAGUUUAAAAACUUACUAAACGUUUAUGAUUUGCUAUAAAUUUGUUAAUAAUGUUUACAUUUUAUUUUAGCUUUAUUUCAAUAAAAAAGUUUUUUAGUAGUUUUAGUCAAUGUUAACAACACCGUCAUUAACUGAAAGCACCUCUAAAUGUCUUGUCUAAUGGUUUAAUUGCUAAGGAGCAUUAACUCCUGUACAUACACACAAACAAAAAUGAAUUGUAUUGUGAUCAUACAAGCACAGUCUUAAAAUGAUCAUACUGGUACACCCCCCCCCCACCCCCAAACUCAAAUACUUAUGUUUAGAAUAGAAAUAGGUAUCGAUUUAGAGCCAUUCUCACUGUUCUCCAUUCUUCCUUGUGUGAAUAUUAAGAAUGAUAUUCCCUUUAACAACAUUACAAGAGAAAGGAAAUGCUUCAAACUUAUAGCAAAUAAUGACUUCGGUUGUUUUGAUCUGACUCAGGACCACAAAUCCUGUCAAAGAAUAGCAUAUGAAACAAAAACAAACCAAAAAAAUUGUUAAUGAAACAUUAAAAACACACUCAUGACACACAAAUAAUAAAAUCCUUCAAGACAAAUCCACUGUCGAUUAACGUCACAACACUUUUUGAAAUGAACUUGGUUGUUUUGCUGUGCACAGGGGUGCAAUACACCGAGAGUCUCUUGCUGAAUGUGUAAAAUCCAGUCCGUUUAAUCGAUUUAAAUCGUCCCAGUUGAGCCCUUUCGGCCCAUAGUCCAAAGGUUUAAGGGAGCGAUUGAGCCGGGAACGAUAGUUCUAGAUAGUUCAGUGAGUUCAUGAUGCUCAGGAGAGUACGAGAGCACCGUUUCCUCACGAUCCUCACAUCCACACUCCCUUCUGGAGGGGUUUAGUAGGACCAGGAAUCAGCAUCCGUGUCCUUGGCUGGUUUGUGGGAAUAAAGGUGUACCUGAGACCCCAUGUGCAUAAACAUCUACGCUUCCACCCCCCCUCAGUGAGACCUUAGGGAUUCACGUGCCUCAUCGGAUGAUUGACACAUCAUAUAAAACACAAUUAAACACACAAGCAUGCUCUUGAAAGCCACGGCCCACGACGGCACCGUUGCCAACGCAAAAAAGCAUAAGACCGGGGAUGAGAGGGCUCACACCGAUGAGCGAAAUGUCCUCAGCAGUCACUGAUCUCAAACCCCGUACU